CAACGCUCGUGUUUUAUCGCCAUUGUGUUCGAGUAUGAGGAUGCCAAAUCAUGGUGUAUUGGUGUUGAAGCAACUUUUUGAUUAACAAAUGCCAGUGACACUGCUGUGUAGCUUCUGGUCAUCUCCAUGAAAUAAACAGAAAACGUCAAUUUCAAUAAUAAAUUCAAAGAGACAAAGGAAUUAGGAAAUACAUUAGCUUUUAUAUAUGGACAUUCUAAGGGGCCAGCUUAGUAUUGGAAUUAGACUGAAAUUUCCCAAUGCCAUCAGUAUUUCUUGCUGCAUUGCUUCAGGUAGGUCAAUGAACUCAUCGAUUGAUUGACAAAGUUGUAUUCUUCCGUGCCGGUCAGAUUGACACUCCUCUGUUCAUUCAUUUUACAUCAUUUAGUUGAAAAAACUCUCAAAUUUCUGAAAAAACACUUUCAGUUAUGAAAGAAAUUUAGCAAUUUGAUUGUAAGAUAGAGAAUAAGUAAGGUCUUAUGUAAAAAAAUAUUAUUUUCUUUUUCUAAUUAUUUCCUUAUUUAAAAAAUAUUAUUUUCUUUUUCUAAUGUUUCGACUCUAUUUCCGCGCAACUCAAAAAUAACGUAUUUUUCUCUAAUCAUAUAUGAUAUUUUUUAAAAAGUUACUUCAUACUAUGUUCAAUAGCUGUAUUAAAAUAUAAAUUGCUCUAAUUAAUAGCAUAUUGACUGUCAAAUUCUAAAAGUUUCACCUAUAAAUCUAUGUGAGACAAACAAAACAGUACAAAAUCGAAAAUAUAAGUAAAAUGAUAGAAGUAUUAACUUUGAAUUGAAUUCCUUAACUAACUUCUAAAAUGUUUUCCCUUUCAUUUAUCAUAUAUCCAACUUUUUUUUUAAAAAAAAAUUUGAAUAUAAUGCAGAGAAGUUGAGCCAAAUUACUAAUUCUAUACACAAAUAUUUACACUAACCUAAUCACUAAAAUUAUUAUCUAAAAAUUGUAUUUAAAACCGCAUCGGUCGUGUUGUAAAGGUGUAAAAACCGCAGAUUUAUCUGUUAAGAUAACUACAUCACUCCCAAAACCGUAUCAUUAUUACCGCGGUCGCGAUCAUUACCGCAUUUUUACAGUACGGCGGAUUAUGAAAAAAAUUGUUGCAAAACCUCUUAGAGGGGUAUAAGAUUUUAAUUUUACUCCUUAUAGCUGGAUUGGCACCUUUCAAAAAGUCGUUGGUUAGUUAAAAGAUGUACCCCUCCCAACUGAAACCUUUUCCUUAAAACUCCCGCAAAUUUUCAAACUUACUGAAACGUUGCUUCUCAUCUGUCCUUCCUUAUAUGUUUACAUUAAAUAUGACACCAAACAAAUUCUCCUACCGAACAUUCUGAUACAAAAAUUGCACUGAACUUUCUUCUCUAUCUCUUCCACAUGAUGAGGUAGUUUUCUUCUUACGGUCAUAUAAAGAAGCACCAAAACUUGUGUUUUUCUACAGACAUAAAAAAAUCAUAAGGGUAAAAAGAUAAAGUUAGGAUGAUGCAAUCUGGGGUUCCUCAGUGUAACACUUGUGGUGAGCAAGUAGGAAUCGACUCGAAUGGGGAUGUGUUUAUUGCUUGCCAUGAAUGCAAUUUCCCUGUUUGUAAAGAUUGUGUUGAUUAUGAAAUCAAGGUUGGUAAAAAGGCUUGCCUCCGUUGCGGUUCUCCCUAUGAAGAUACUUCAACAUAUGAUGAAGCUGUUGUUGAAGCAUUUGGUAAUCAUCAAAAUAAAGCAAACUAUCAUAACGAUGAGCAGAAACAUGAUCUUGGUUUACAUGCUAGAAAUAUGAGCAGCAUCUCAACAGUUGAUAGUGAAAUGAAUAGUGAAUCUGGAAGUUCAAUCUGGAAAAACCGGGUGGAGAGUUGGAGAGACAAGAAAGACAAGAAGAAGCAAGUUGUUAAAGAGUCUAAAGCUGUAAAAGAAGCUGAUCACGCUCCACCUGAGCAACUUAUGGAGGAAAAUUUGUCUGCAGAGGCUGCACACCCACUUUCAAGAAUUGUUCCAAUCCCAAGAACCAAACUUACCUCAUACAGGAUCGUGAUCAUUUUGCGAUUGAUCAUUCUUGCACUGUUUUUCCACUACCGGAUAACUAAUCCUGUGGAUAGUGCCUUUGGUCUAUGGCUUACUUCUGUCAUCUGUGAGAUAUGGUUCGCAUUUUCCUGGGUUUUAGAUCAGUUCCCUAAGUGGUGUCCUAUCAAUAGAGAGACUUUCAUCGAUCAGCUUUCCUUGAGGUACGAACGAGAGGGAGAACCUUCACAGCUUGCAGGUGUUGAUUUCUUUGUCAGUACCGUGGAUCCACUGAAGGAACCGCCUCUUAUUACUUCAAAUACUGUACUGUCCAUCCUUGCUGUGGACUACCCUGUAGACAAAGUCUCCUGCUAUGUUUCUGAUGAUGGUGCGGCCAUGCUCACCUUUGAAUCACUUGCUGAAACUGCUGAAUUCGCAAGGAAGUGGGUUCCUUUUUGCAAGAAGUUUGAUAUUGAACCACGAGCCCCUGAAUUUUACUUCUCGCAGAAGAUUGACUACCUUAAGGACAAAGUUCAGCCUUCUUUUGUGAAGGAACGCCGAGCUAUGAAAAGAGAUUACGAGGAAUUUAAAGUGAAGAUUAAUGGUUUAGUAGCGAAGGGACAGAAAACUCCAGAAGAAGGCUGGACCAUGGCAGAUGGAACACCUUGGCCUGGAAAUAAUCCUCGUGAUCACCCUGGAAUGAUUCAGGUUUUUCUUGGAAGUACUGGUGCUCAUGACAUAGAGGGUAAUGAACUUCCAAGGCUUGUUUAUGUGUCGAGAGAGAAAAGGCCUGGAUUUCAGCACCAUAAGAAAGCUGGUGCCGAGAAUGCCUUGGUCAGAGUGUCUGCAGUCCUCACGAAUGCGCCCUACAUUCUUAACCUUGAUUGUGAUCAUUAUGUCAACAAUAGCAAGGCAGUUCGUGAGGCGAUGUGCUUCCUGAUGGAUCCAGUAGUAGGCCGGGAUGUGUGCUAUGUUCAGUUCCCUCAAAGAUUCGAUGGCAUCGACAAAAGUGAUCGAUAUGCUAACAGAAAUGUGGUUUUCUUUGAUGUUAACAUGAAAGGACUUGAUGGGAUUCAAGGGCCAGUUUAUGUCGGAACUGGUUGUGUAUUCAAUAGGCAAGCAAUGUAUGGCUAUGGACCCCCAUCCUUGCCUAGUUUACCCAAAUCAUCCUCUUCUUGUUGUUGCCUCCCUUCCAAGAAGAAACAAGAGAAAGACAUCUCAGAGGUGUAUCGAGAUGCAAAACGUGAAGAUCUAGAUGCGGCCAUUUUUAACCUCAAAGAGCUAAACAAUUAUGAUGAGUAUGAAAGAUCAAUGCUAAUUUCUCAAACGAGCUUUGAGAAGACAUUUGGGUUAUCUUCUGUGUUCAUCGAGUCUACAUUGAUGGAAAAUGGAGGUGUUCCGGAUUCUGCUAACUCAUCAACAUUGAUUCAGGAAGCAAUACAUGUUAUUAGUUGUGGGUAUGAAGAGAAGACAGCCUGGGGAAAAGAGAUUGGAUGGAUCUAUGGAUCUAUUACAGAAGAUAUUUUGACAGGGUUCAAGAUGCAUUGCCGUGGUUGGAGAUCAAUUUACUGUAUGCCUUUAAGGCCCGCGUUUAAAGGGUCUGCACCCAUCAACUUGUCUGAUAGACUGCACCAGGUCCUCCGGUGGGCUCUUGGAUCAGUGGAAAUAUUCUUUAGUAGACAUUGUCCUCUCUGGUAUGGGUUUGGAGGAGGCCGCCUGAAGUGGCUUCAGAGAUUUGCGUAUAUUAAUACCAUCGUCUACCCUUUUACUUCCCUCCCACUUGUUGCCUAUUGCACAUUGCCUGCUAUCUGUCUGCUCACCGGAAAAUUCAUUAUACCAACUCUAUCAAACUUGGCAAGCAUACUCUUCCUAGGCCUCUUCAUGUCCAUCAUACUUGUCAGUAUCUUAGAACUUCGAUGGAGUGGAGUAGGCAUUGAGGAUCUAUGGAGAAACGAGCAGUUUUGGAUUAUCGGAGGAGUCUCUGCUCACUUGUUUGCCGUAUUCCAAGGGCUCCUCAAGAUGCUCGCAGGGUUCGACACAAACUUUACCGUCACAGCCAAAGCAGCUGAUGAUACUGAAUUCGGAGAUCUCUAUGUUUUCAAAUGGACUACCCUUCUUAUUCCUCCCACCACCCUUAUCAUAAUCAACAUUGUCGGAGUGGUAGCUGGAUUUUCCGAUGCCUUGAACAGCGGCUAUGAUUCAUGGGGCCCACUGUUCGGAAAAGUUUUCUUUGCCUUUUGGGUGAUCCUUCAUUUAUACCCCUUCCUUAAAGGUCUCAUGGGAAGACAAAACAGGACUCCUACUAUUGUGGUGCUCUGGUCAGUGUUAUUGGCCUCAGUUUUCUCCCUUGUUUGGGUCAAAAUCGACCCGUUUGUGAGCAAAGUGGACAGUAAGACCAUUGCUCAGAGCUGCAUUUCCAUUGAUUGUUGAGUGCCAACCAAAAUCAUAUACAUAUAUUUUUGUGAACAGAUAGGCUAAUAGUAAUACCCCACCCUCUUUUUGUUGUAUUGUAUCCACUUAUGAACUGAACAUAAGUUCUUGGAGUAAAUUUGAAGCAAAUUCUAGUAAUGGAAUUAGGUGGGUGUCUUUUUAAUUGUUUAGGAAGCUAUUCAUUAGAUCUUGUUUGGCAUUUAAGCCAAAGAAAACAAUGUAAUAUCUUAUGAUACAUACUUUUGUAAUUUGUUCAUGAUUUUCUCUAAUGAAGGAGAAUUACAAGCAGAUCAUUUUCUUCUGCCUUUUUGAUA